AGUAGCGAAAAUGGCGGCGUUGGCUGUGGUGGAUACUCCCUCGGAGAGAGACGCCAUCGGUGAAGGGAUUUUCGAGCUUCUCAAACCAGCCGUGCAGCAGCUAGACCUGCAUGUACAUUCGGUGCGAGAGAGCCAGGUGGAGCUUCGGGAACAUAUUGACAACUUGGCUACAGAGUUAUGCAGAAUCAAUGAGCACCAGAAGGUGGCGUUGGACCUGGAUCCAUAUGUGAAAAAGCUGCUUAACGCUCGACGCAGAGUGGUUCUGGUCAACAAUAUUCUGCAGAAUGCUCAGGAGCGAUUAAGACGGUUGAACCACAGUGUUGCUAAGGAAACAGCACGCAGGAAGACCAUGCUGGAGACGUCUGGAGCAUUUACCCCUCGAUCCCCCAGCAAGCCUUGAUACGCCUGCGAUACAUCAGUCCAUCGUGCAAUAAAUGUGAAGAGCGGAGUCUUUGCUUCAACUGCUCUGUCCCCCUUUUCUCCUGCUUGGAAGUGCAGUGGUGCCUGUGGAGCUCUGGAGCGGAGGAACGGUGACACUCAGAGCUGCUGUUGUCCUCGUCGCUCAUAAGAAUGAUGCGUGCGAGCAGUGUUUCGUGCUCUGUUGUACCGGUUGCCUUGUCAAAACAAAUGAAUUAUGGCAGCAUGAAAGACACACGCUACCCCAUAGUUUGCAUAAGUCUACCUUUGUGUAACAUUGACAAAAGCAUCUUAAAACACAUUUUUGAGAAGUUAUAGAUUCACGUACACAUUUGUGUCCUUUAUUUUGGAUGGUAGUGGUUUUAAUGGGGAGCUGUCAGUGCUCGGAGUGGUGACACGCAAACCACUGGCUUGUGACACAGAGACAGUGUUGAAUUUAAGAUUUUUAAGCUGUGUGUGUGUAUAUUUUGUAAUAGGUAGGAAACUGUUUUCUAACUGAAUAUCAUGAACUGUAUCAGGUGGGUUUGAUAUCAGACUUUAAUAGUGAACUAAAAAUAAUUUCUCAAAUGUCACAGUUAUAAAUUUUGUU